AUGGCAACCGACCUCAUAAUGCCUACCCUCGCCGACCAGCGCGGCCCUGCCUUCUACCCCCCUGUCCGCCCUGACUUCGCCCACGCGAGAUCUCAGUCUUUCCAGACCGCUCCUCGUCCCUACAGCCAGCGCAUCUCUCCCCUGAGCACUCCUCACGAUGGCUCCCCGACCUCUCCCAAGUCGUGCUUGAACGACUCGGUGCGCCCCAUCUACAUGCCUGCUGUCCUCCGCCCGACACAGCACCACUCCAAGAUGCCCCGAACCCCCAAGGCCGAAGACAUGGACGGUGACGACCUUCUCUGCCUGCGCCGCUCCAACAGCAGCUUCAUCAGCCUGCCCGGCUUCAGCGUCAUCGGUUCCAAGCUGUCGCGUCGCUCCACCGGCGACAGCGGCAAGAUUGUCGACCUUGACUUGGACCCUGAGCUGUUCCCCGAGGUCUCUGGCGAGCCCACCCGCAAGCACUGGAAGCCCGACACCGAGUCGACCAUGUGCGACGAUACCACUUGCAAGCGCAACUUCAACACCUUCACCCGCCGCCACCACUGCCGCCGCUGCGGCAACAUCUUCUGCGCUCCUCACUCCGCCAACGUCAUCCCCCUCGACGAGGACUGCAACUACAACCCCCGCGGAGCCCUUUCCCGCGCCUGCUUUCACUGCUUUACCGAGUUUAAGGUAUGGAAGAGCCGUAACGGCAGCCGCAGCGGAAGCGACCAGAGCUCCGACUCUACCAGCACCACUCCCACGAGCCCCAUCGUUGCCAGCCCCGUCGCUCCCACGACUCCCGGCCUCUUGCCCCCUACCAAGGGCCCCGAGAUCGCUGCCAGCGUGCCGCGCGACUGGAACUGGAGCACCUUCUAA